AUGGAAAAGGACAAUGCCAAUCCCACUAUCCUAAACACUUCACAGCUUCCGACAAGACAGCGUAAGAAGGGGCGAAGAGUACAAAGAGAUGAUGCGGCCAAAAUCAGUAAAAUCAUACCCAAGCCGAAAUAUCUAUCAGAUCCCUUCUACGAUAUCUCAUGGUCUGACGAUACCGAGAGUGAUGACGAGUUCACUGCGGAACCCAUUGACGAACAGGAAGUAUACGACUUGAUAUCGACAAUUUCUGACCCUGAACAUCCCCUUUCCUUAGGUCAACUGGCUGUGGUCAAUUUGCCUGACAUUCAUAUAACACCGUCCCCAUCAGCAGGAGCGGAUCCCAAUGCUUUGACACGGGUACUGGUCGAGAUUACCCCUACCAUUACCCACUGUUCAAUGGCAACCGUUAUCGGCCUCGGUGUACGAGUACGUCUAGAGCAGGCCCUUCCACCCAACUACCGGGUGGAUGUUGUGAUCAAAGAGGGAACCCACAGUCAGGAUGACCAGGUAAACAAGCAGCUAGCCGACAAGGAAAGGGUUGCCGCAGCCUUGGAGAAUGACACAUUGAAGGGUGUCCUGGCCAAGAUGCUAGAGACUUGCCUAUGA